AGAGAGAGAGAGAGAGAGAGAGAGAGAGAGAGAGAGAGAGAGAGAGAGAGUUUCUCUGUGUUGUCUCUUUAACUCUGUGGCUCUAAAACAGUUGAAGUGUGUUUCUGCUCGAUGAGGUUUCUAUGAGGUGAAUAAAUGUUGGUUCAGUUGAUCUUCAGGACGGCUGCAGCUUUAAGAACUUCUGCUUGUUGGAGUUUGAGAGUCUAAAGUUCACAGAGACGCUCCUCCUCCUGGAUUGUAGACAAACUGGAUCCCCCCCUCCCUCGUCUUUCACAGCUCACUUCACUCUGCACUCUCACUUCCUUGUUUCCUUCCCUUCCUUGCUCCCUCCCCCUCAGAUCUACAGUCUUGGUUGGGUGUAACCUCCGUGUGCUGAGCUGAUCCUGAUGACUCACACAUGUUGUUGAGAUCAGAGCUCAGACUAGUUUGACUUCUCAGGAAAUAAAACUCAGUCAGUCGUCGUCGACAGCGAGUGUUGAAAUGGCGCAGAAAGGAGUUCAUCUGGACCGUGAGUCUUUCUCUUGUUCCAUCUGUUUGGAUCUUCUGAAGGAUCCGGUGACUCUCACCUGUGGACACAGCUUCUGCAUGAGCUGUAUUCAAUCCUACUGGGAUACUGAGGAUGAGAAGAAGAUCUACAGCUGUCCUCAGUGCAGAGAGACCUUCAUACCGAGGCCUGUCCUGAAGAAAAACACCAUGUUAGCAGGUUUAGUGGAGGAAGUGAAGAAGAGCGGACUCCAAGCUGCUCCUGAUGGUUCCUCUGAGGCUGGACCUGAAGAUGUGGUCUGUGAUUUCUGCAGUGGGAGAAAACUGAAAGCUGUCAUGUCCUGUCUGCGAUGUCUGGCUUCUUACUGUCAGAUUCACCUCCAGCCUCAUUUUGAAGUUACUCCAUUAAAGAAACACAAGCUGGUGGAGCCCUCCGAGAAGCUCCAGGAGAACAUCUGCUCUCGUCAUGAUGAGGUGAUGAAGAUGUUCUGCCGCACUGAUCAGAAGUCCAUCUGUCAUCUCUGCUGUUUGGACCAACACAAAGGUCACGACACAGUCUCAGCUGCAGCAGAAAGGACUGAGAGGCAGAAAGAUCUGGAGGAGAGUCGAGGAAACAUCCAGCAGAGAAUCCAGGACAGAGAAGAAGAUGUGAAGCUGCUCCAACAGGAGGUGGAGGCUAUCAACGGCUCUGCUGAUAAAGCUGUGGAGCACAGCCAGGAGAUCUUCACCCAGCUGAUCCGUCUGAUGGAGAAACGCCGCUCUGAGGUGGAGCAGCAGGUCAGAUCCCAGCAGGAACGUGAAGUGAGUCGAGUCAAAGAGCUUCAGGAGAAACUGGAGCAGGAGAUCACUGAGCUGAAGAGGAAAGACGCUGAUCUACAGAAGCUCUCCCUCACAGAGGACCACAACCAGUUUCUGCACAGCUACCCCUCACUGUCAGAACCGGGUCAACCUGCAGACUCAUCCAGAAUCAACAUCCGUCCUCAGAGAUACUUUGAGGAGGUGACAGCAGCUGUGUCAGAGCUCAGAGAGAAACUCCAGGAUCUUCUGACAGAGACGUGGACAAACGUCUCACAGGCAGUGACUGAAGUGGAUGUUUUACUGUCAGAACCACCAGGACCAGCAGAACCCAAGACCAGAGCUGGUUUCUUAAGAUAUUCACAAAGAAUCACACUGGAUCUAAACACAGUAAACAGACGACUGAGAUUAUCUGAUGGAAACAGAAGAGCAACAUUUACAGAAAAAGAACAGUCCUAUCCUAAACAUCUAGACAGAUUCACUGUUUAUCGUCAGGUCCUGAGUAGAGAGAGUCUGACUGGACGUUGUUACUGGGAGGUGGACUGGGAAGGGAGGGGGGUUGGUGUAGCAGUCGCAUACAAGACUAUCAGGAGAGAUGGGAGAUCAGAGGAUUGUGGAUUUGGAAGAAAUGACAAAUCCUGGAGGUUAUUCUGUUCUAAAGACAGGUAUAGUUUUGGUCACAACAACGUCUUCACUGAUGUCUCAGGUCCUCCGUCCUCCAGAGUAGGAGUGUACCUGGAUCACAGAGCAGGUAUUCUGUCCUUCUACAGCGUCUCUGAAACCAUGACUCUUCUCCACAGAGUCCAGACCACAUUCACUGAACCUCUACAUGCUGGACUGGGGUUAGGCUUGGUUUUUAGAUUCUUAUCUGAUGGAGACUCUGCUGAGUUUAUAGAAGUGAACUAAAGAGAAUUUUGAGUCCAUCAGACCAAAAUCAUGGACUGAGAUCCUUGAACUCUUGAAAUGUUCUGGUUUGUAAAUGUUUGUGGAUCAGUCUCACCAAAAACUCUGGGUUUAGUUCUUCAUUUCAGCUUUUUGAUUCUUUUCUAAAGAUGCUGAUUUGGUCGCAGCUUUAAGGACAGUGAUUGUGGAGAACUUUGAUUGUUUGUAUUUCUCAUGUUGAAAAAUCUUCAUACAGUUUGAUAUCAACAACAUCAAGAUGAUGGUUUGUUCAAAUCACCUUCAGUUGGUGCAGAUGUUGAAGGUCUGAGACUUUAGAAAAAAGUGAUGUCAAAAUCACAGAAAAAGGACGACCUUAUUUCCUGUCCCAAAUCCAAGCGUCUAAAGUCUUUCCAGUCGUCCCCAAAAACUCUUCAGAUGAUCUGUUUCUUUCUCUGUUUGCUGAAUAUUUGUGUUCAUGUGAUCGAUGGAUAUUUCUGUCUGCUUCUGUUGGAUCAGUGUGUUUGUAAAGACAUCUAGAAUCAGACUUUGGACAGAUCUACAUGUUGUUAUGAGCUUUUCAAUCACUCUAAUAAUAAUAAUCACAUUUAUUAGUCCGACUGUUUGGAUGUUUCUGACUCAGCUCAGAUUGUGGUCAAGUCUCUGAUUGUGGGUAAAAAAAUCAUAAAAAUCCUCAAACUGAGUCACUGAAAUCACCUCGUCUGUUUGUCUUUAUUGUGUCUGUUUCUGCUGGAUGUCAUGUUACCGCUCCGUCUGGGUCAUGGAUCCAUGUGGUCUUACAUGUCCCAGAUGUGAGUCCUGCAGCUGGAUCAGGUUUUCUGUAGAGGACAAAGACAGGAGGCAGGUUGUGUGUCUUUUUGAUUUGAUGUAACCAGACUAGUCCUGUUGAGAUCAUCAAUCUCUUUUUCAGGGGGGGUCCUGACCAAGAAUGGCAGCAAAAAACAAACACACUCAGACUCACACAGAUCCACAUCAGCAACAAGAACUCAGUGUUCAUAUGAGAGAGUCCAGCUGAUCUCUAGUCUAAGGAAAGAAGUCUGGACCACGAGAAGAAAACCGACUUAAAGGUGAAGUAGACAGGAAUCCGUUAAAGAAGCAUCUUUUUAUUUUGUGGUGUAUUUACAAAAAUCUUCUAAUAUCAGUCAAUAGUUAUUAGUUAUUGAUGACAUUUGGUAAUAUAUCGAUAUCUCUGUGUUCUCUUAUGUCUGUGUCGUCAACAUUUGAACAUUUUUGAGCGGUCCGCUCUUUCUGACUGUAAACAAAGCCGUUCUCCACCUCCUCUAACCUGAUUGGUUGUGAGGCAGACGCCGCUCCCCCGUGUCGUUCAGGAGCCCAAACAAAGUUAGCGUGCUACAAUAUCGGACAGUAGAAACCAACCAGAAAGUUCGGAAAAUUGUCUGAAUCCUCCUUUGGCCAAGACUGCCGACACAAGCAAGAAAACAAAGUAAAUACCGGAGACUCUGGAGGAAUAACGGGCGCUUAAAACGGAGGUAGACCGGACAAGAGCUAAAAAGCCGGGUCAACAUAAACGAUGGGGGACGCUUGGGGAUCUUGGUGACCCUGUAACCUUUCUGCUGGACAGGUAAACCGCUUUAACAAAGUAAGACAAGUGUCUGUAACAGAAGUGUUUCUUGUCAAACGGACCUGCUGUAGCGUGUUGUAGCGCCAUCGCUAAACUGUCCUCCCUCGGGUCCUGGACUAUGUCACUUUAUCCUCGUUGUAGAAGUCCUGCAAACAUUGUGUUUGCUGGUAGUCUGUUGGCAUCUACAGUAGCACCAAUGCUUUUGACUUUCACCUUGACUGGGCCCCAUUUGUAAUGAUCUGAAGUAUUUAUCUCAAAGUCAAAGUCAGCUUUAUUGUCAAGUAUGCUAUACGACAGCAUACAGCAUAUAUGAAAUUACAGUCCUCUCUGACCCGCAGUGCAAAUAAAAGACAGAUGGAAAAAAAAAACAAGGUAAUAAAUCAACAAAAUUACACUAAAUACUACAAUAAAUAUGUGAUAUAUACAAUGUGCAAUAUGCAGUAGACAUUCUGUGGUCAAGUAAACAUUCAGUGGAUUGAUGGAUUGUUGAAUAGUGCAAUGUAGUGCGGGAUAGUGCAAUUUGAGUACAAUAGAGUCUGUAACUCAGAGUCAGUGGUGGACAGAGGAUGGGGGGAAUGAGGGCAGAGCAGGGAGGGAGUUGAGUAUCCUGACUGCCUGGUGGAAAAAACUGUCCUUGAGCCUGCUGGUUCUGGCUCUGAGACUCCGCAGUCUCCUCCCUGGCGGCAGUGAGCUGAAGAGGCUGUGAGAUGGGUGGGUGGGGUCACCUGCAAUCCUAGUGGCUCUGCAGGUGAGGCGGGUGUUAUAAAUGUCCAGUAGAGAGGGAAGAGAGACACCAAUGAUUCUCUCAGCUGCUCUCACAGUGCGCUGCAGGGUCUUGUGGCAGGAAACGGUGCAGGCGCCGUACCACAGGGUGAUGCAGCUGGACAAGAUACUCUCAAUGGUGCCUCUGUAGAAGGUGGACAUGAUGGGGGUCGGGGCUCUUGCUCUUCUCAGUUUGCGGAGAAAGUAGAGUCGCUGAUGGGCUUUUUUGGCCAGAGAUGUGGUGUUGGUGUUCCAGGACAGGUCUUGGGAGAGGUGUACACCCAGGAACUUGGUGCUGCUCACCCGCUCCACUGCAAUACCAUCGAGAGCCUGCUCUCUCCUGAAGUCCACUACAAUCUCCUUGGUCUUCUCCACAUUCAAGAGGAGAUUGUUGUCCUUGCACCACGCGGCCAAGCGGCUCACCUCACUCCUGUAGUAUGUCUCGUCAUUGUUGUUGAUGAGACCCACCACAGUUGUGUCGUCCGCAAACUUGAUGAGGAGGUUUGAGCUGGAUGUAGGUGUGCAGUCCUGGGUCAGCAGGGUGAAGAGGAGGGGGCUCAGCACACAUCCUUGGGGAGCCCCUGUGUUCAGAGUGAUGGUGCUGGAGGUGUUGUUAGCUACCCGAACUGCCUGUGGUCUCCCCCGUCAGAAAAUCCAGCAGCCAGUUGCACAGGGAGGUGUUGAGUCCCAGCCGGUCUAGUUUGAAGAUGAGCUGCUGGGGGUUGAUCGUGUUGAAUGCUGAACUGAAGUCGAUGAACAGCAUUCUGAUGUGUGGGUCUUUGCUCUCCGGGUGCGUGAGUGCUGAGUGAAUGGCAACGGCGACGGCAUCGUCGGUCGAGCGGUUGGACCGAUAUGCAAACUGGAAGGGUUCCAGGGUGGUGGAAAGGAUGGACUUGAUGUGGUGCAUGACUAGCCGCUCGAAGCACUUCAUGAGGAUGGGAGUGAGUGCGACCGGGCGGUAGUCGUUGAAGCAGGAGGGAGACAACUUCUUUGGUACCGAGAUGAUGGUGGUGGCUUUGAGGCAUGUGGGGACAUCGACUCGGCUCAGUGAGAUGUUGAAGAUGUCAGUGAAGACGUCUGUGAGCUCCUCAGCACAGCCUCUCAGGACAUGACCAGGAAUGUUGUCAGGACCUGGGACUUUUCUCACAUUGGUCCUCUUGAGGGACCUCCUCAUGCUGUCUAGGGAUAGCAACAACACCUGGGCAUCGGGGGGAGGGGGGUGUUUCUGUGCUGGGGUGUCGUUGUCCACCUAGAAGCGGGCAAAGAAGUUGUUUAGUUGAUUCAACAGAGAGAUGGAGUUGUCACAGGUCCGCGGGGGGGCUUGUAAUCCGUGAUGGUCUGGAUCCCCUGCCACAGGUUCCUGGUGUCUCUGCUGUCAUUGAAGCGAUCAGCAAUCCUACUGGAGUACUGUCUCUUGGCUUGUCUGAUGCCACGUGACAGAUUGGCCUUGGCUGUCCUCAGGCCCUCCUCGUCCCCAGCUCUGAAGGCAGCGUUCCAAGCCCUCAGGAGUCUGUGGACUUCCCUGUCAGUCAUGGCUUCUGGUUGGCCCGGAUGGAGAUGGUUCUGGAGACCGUGACAUCUUCCAUGCACAGAAACACUGGAUCCCCCCCAUCGUCUCUCACAGCUCACCCCACUCUGCACUCUCACUUCCUUGUUCCCUUCACUUCUUUGUUCCCUCCCCUUCAGAUCUACAGCCUAAAGGUUGGGUGUAACCGCCGUGUGCUGAGCUGAUAUCCUGCUGACUCACACAUGUUGAGAUAAGAGCUCAGACUAGUUUCACUUCUCAGGAAAUGAAACUCAGUCAGUCAGUCGUCGUCGUCGACAGCGAGUGUUGAAAUGGCGCAGAAAGGAGUUCAUCUGGACCGUGAGUCUUUCUCUUGUUCCAUCUGUUUGGAUCUUCUGAAGGAUCCGGUGACUGUUACCUGUGGACACAGCUUCUGCAUGAGCUGUAUUCAAUCCUACUGGGAUACUGAGGAUGAGAAGAAGAUCUACAGCUGUCCUCAGUGCAGACAGACCUUCAUACCGAGGCCUGUCCUGAAGAAAAACACCAUGUUAGCAGGUUUAGUGGAGGAAGUGAAGAAGAGCGGACUCCAAGCUGCUCCUGAUGGUUCCUCUGAGGCUGGACCUGAAGAUGUGGCCUGUGAUUUCUGCAGUGGGAGAAAACUGAAAGCUGUCAAGUCCUGUCUGGUCUGUUUGAUCUCAUUUUGUGAAAAACACCUCCAGCCUCAUUAUGAAUCUCCUGCCUAUGCUAAACACAAGCUGGUGGAGCCCUCCAAGAAGCUCCAGGAGAACAUCUGCUCUCGUCAUGAUGAGGUGAUGAAGAUCUUCUGCCGCACUGAUCAGAAGUCCAUCUGUUCUCUCUGCUGUUUGGACCAACACAAAGGUCACGACACAGUCUCAGCUGCAGCAGAAAGGACUGAGAGGCAGAAAGAUCUGGAGGAGAGUCGAGAAAACAUCCAGCAGAGAAUCCAGGACAGAGAAGAAGAUGUGAAGCUGCUCCAACAGGAGGUGGAGGCUAUCAACAGCUCUGCUGAUAAAGCUGUGGAGCACAGCCAGGAGAUCUUCACCCAGCUGAUCCGUCUGAUGGAGAAACGCCGCUCUGAGGUGGAGCAGCAGGUCAGAUCCCAGCAGGAACGUGAAGUGAGUCGAGUCAAAGAGCUUCAGGAGAAACUGGAGCAGGAGAUCACUGAGCUGAAGAGGAAAGACGCUGAUCUGCAGAAGCUCUCACUCACAGAGGACCACAACCAGUUUCUGCACAGCUACCCCUCACUGUCAGAACCGGGUCAACCUGCAGACUCAUCCAGGAUCAACAUCCGUCCUCUGAGAUACUUUGAGGAGGUGACAGCAGCUGUGUCAGAGGUCAGAGAGAAACUCCAGGAUCUUCUGACAGAGACGUGGACAAACGUCUCACAGGCAGUGACUGAAGUGGAUGUUUUACUGUCAGAACCAGAACCAGAACCCAAGACCAGAGCUGAUUUCUUAAAAUAUUCACAAAGAAUCACACUGGAUCCAAACACAGUAAACAGACGACUGUUAUUAUCUGAUGGAAACAGAAGAGCAACAUGGACAGAACAACGACAGUCUUAUCCUGAUCAUCCAGACAGAUUCACUGGUUGUUUUCAGGUCCUGAGUAGAGAGAGUCUGACUGGACGUUGUUACUGGGAGGUGGACUGGAGAGGGAACUGGGUCUAUGUAGCAGUCGCAUACAAGACUAUCAGGAGAGACGGGAACUCAGAGGAUUGUUACUUUGGAUACAAUGAAGAAUCUUGGACAUUAGACUGUUAUAAAGACGGUUAUCAAUUUGUUCACAACAAAGUCUUCACUGAUGUCUCAGGUCCUCCGUCCUCCAGAGUAGGAGUGUACCUGGAUCACAGAGCAGGUAUUCUGUCCUUCUACAGCGUCUCUGAAACCAUGACUCUCCUCCACAGAGUCCAGACCACAUUCACUGAACCUCUACAUGCUGGACUGUGGUUUGGCUACAGUUAUGGAGACUCAGCUGAGUUUAUAGAAGUGAACUAAAGAGAAUUUUGAGUCCAUCAGACCAAAAUCAUGGACUGAGAUCCUUGAACUCUUGAAAUGUUCUGGUUUGUAAAUGUUUGUGGAUCAGUCUCACCAAAAACUCUGGGUUUAGUUCUUCAUUUCAGCUUUUUGAUUCUUUUCUAAAGAUGCUGAUUUGGUCGCAGCUUUAAGGACAGUGAUUGUGGAGAACUUUGAUUGUUUGUAUUUCUCAUGUUGAAAAAUCUUCAUCAAGUUUGAUAUCAACAACAUCAAGAUGAUGGUUUGUUCAAAUCACCUUCAGUUGGUGCAGAUGUUGAAGGUCUGAGACUUUAGAAAAAAGUGAUGUCAAAAUCACAGGAAAAGGACGACCUUAUUUCCUGUCCCAAAUCCAAGCGUCUAAAGUCUUUCCAGUCGUCCCCAAAAACUCUUCAGAUGAUCUGUUUCUUUCUCUGUUUGCUGAAUAUUUGUGUUCAUGUGAUCGAUGGAUAUCUGCUUCUGUUGGAUCAGUGUGUUUGUA